AUGCCGGCCCGAAUGAAAUUGUCCGAGCCAGGCAUUGCUGAUCCGCGUGUAGAGUGUGCCUUUAAUAAGACGAAGCUGGCCUUUCGACCAGCUCAAACGACAAACACGGUCUCAAUGACGUCCACCAACAGAGAAGAUGUCUCACCCUCGCGAUCGCCUGGCUUGGCUUCCUGCUCCACGGCGACGUGCUCUCUCUCCUCGGUCCUCACCUCGGACAGCUCCGAGGAGACGGACAGCGCCUACGACGGUCCGUACGCGACCGGCUUUCGAAGCCGGUCCAUGCCCAAGGGUCGAGUUCGCCUCGAGAAACCGAGUUCGACUCAGGCUCUACACGAUCUGCUCGCAAAGCUUCUUCCCGCCCAGCCAUCGCUUCAACUUCGCCUCAACAUCGAACAGGCGUCAACUGAGCUCGGCCAGUCGGAUGCGCUGCUUGACCGGUUGCAAUUGCCCUCACUCGGUAGUCAUCAGCCAUCGUCACGUACCAGCCGACGUUGUAGCGUAUCCACCCUCGAGCAGGCCUCGGGUCUACACACUCCCAGGCCAGGCGACGAACUGGCCGAGAUGGGCGGCAAAUCGCCGAUCAACAUCGGUCGACCCGCCUUCUGCCAGGGUUCCCUUGACGUGGGGGCGGCCACCACUGCCUCGGGCUCCUGCUCCACCACGAUACCGGCCAGCCUCAGCACCCUCUGUCCCGGCCACCUGUACAACUCGGGCUCUGAGCUCAGUCUGAUCGUA